AGUUGUAUACUCAUCCUCAUUCAUAUCUGGAAGUCCAGCGAACGCGCGAUUUUUCACUCUACAUCCACCAAGCUAUAUCCUUGAAGGAGCAUCUUUACAAGAGGCGAACGCGUUGAGAUUUCUGUGGAGUUGAUUGAACUUUGGGAUAGGUCAACGCCUCUUCGUUGACUCUUUUGGAGACAUCAAGUUCGGAGUAUCAGCAGAUAAAUCGCUUUGCUUUCGAAGCUAUCUGCGAUGGCUGCCAACUACUGGGAGUCAAGUCAACGAAAACACUGGCAGUUCACACGAGAACAAUUGGAAGAUUUACGAUCCAAGCUUGAGGAUGAGGAUCAAGCUCUCGUACAGGCAUAUCCUCUGCCACAACUCAGGCACUUGAGCAUAUAUUUUAAUCAACAAAUGACUCGUCUUGGAAAACGUCUCGGUGUGCGACAGCAAGCAAUGGCCACGGCACAAUUAUAUAUUCGUCGGUUUUACUCAAAGGUCGAAAUUCGAAAAACGAAUCCGUAUUUGGUUCUAGCAACUGCAGUAUAUUUGGCGUGUAAAAUGGAAGAAUGCCCACAUCAUAUCAGACUUGUGGUUAGUGAAGGUAGAGGAUUAUGGCCCGAAUAUUUUAGUAAUGAUACGUCGAGGCUUGGAGAAUGUGAAUUCUUUUUAAUCUCCGAAAUGAGUUCACAAAUGAUUGUCCAUCAUCCCUACAGAAGUUUGACUGCUCUUCAAGGGACUUUUUCCCUAACAGCAGAAGAAUCCAAUCUUGCUUGGUCUAUUGUAAAUGAUCAUUACAUGACGGAUUUACCUCUAUUUUAUGCACCACAUACAAUUGCUAUUAUGGCUAUUCUUCUAGCGCUUGUACUUCGUCCAAAUGCAACUGGAAUUCAAUCUGCUAGUGGUUCUUCGGCUAGCAAUAUUGCAAGUGCGGCACAAGCUGCAUUAACGUCCGCUGGUCAAGCGAAAGGCGGAACUCCCGAGAGGCAAGGAGGAAGAACGAAAGUACAGAAAUUAGCAAGUUGGCUUGCUGAAAGUACUAUUGAUGUCGAAGCGAUCGUUGAUUGCACGCAAGAAAUGAUAUCAUUUUAUGAAGCUCAAGAACACUACAAUGAAAAGCUUACAAGGGAACAGAUAAAUCGAUUUAUCAAAGCUCGAGGUUUGGAUAAAUGAACUUGGGUUGAUGAGAUAGGAUGAGAAAUCUAUGGGAUUUGAAAGAAAUCCAGUCGCAUGCAUUCGAAAUAUUCGAUUCGAUAAAACAAAGGAAAAGGGGAGUGGAUGUUACACAUAGUCCAAAAUAUGAGGCCUCUCUGGUAUUCGAGCUAGAACAACACAAAUUUCCUUCUUGUUAGGAGCAUGGAAAUUGAAGAAUGUGGACUCUCAUCUCGAAAAUUAUCCAAACAACCUUCGAAGAGGUCAUGCCCGAUAGACAUGACGGAAAGAAUCGUGGCCAAAACUACCCGCUAUGAGGGCUAGAAAGACCCAUCAUCAAUUUUAGAGACAAGCUGGAUUUAUCCACAUUGCAUGCAUAGCAUAUAAAUCAAAGGUACUCUAGCAUCAUUCAGAAUUCUCUUCAAUUUCCACUUGACCAAUUUGGGUACUGGAUAUUGAGCAGUUUACUGGUUACCUUGUUGGAUGGAUCUCCGCAUCGUUGGAUUUGCAUGUAGCAAAUAUCACAUUUGAUCACAUUAUCGACACGUGUCUCGGAAUUUGGGGGAAGGAUGUAUUUCACUAGGAUUCGAUUUGGAUGUUUUUGAAGACAUUCACAAUGUGUUUUGUAUGACGUGGCGGGCAUAGCAGAUGAUUGGUCUAAGGUACUGAAGACAGCGGAGACCAGAGACAUAGGACAAGAUAGAAAAUACAAUACAAUAUUUACGAAAUACUUGGA